CGACAACUAAGCGAUAAAUGCUCAGAAUGUACAGUGUUUUGGGAAACAAGUGUCUUGCUCGUCUUGAAACAUCAUACAAUAAAAUAUAAGGUGCAAAAGAGAGAAAGGGCAAUAUAUUAAUAUAUUAGAAACCCGAUAAGUCUUUCAACUUUCCGAGUAGCCUUGAGUGUUCAGAAUCUCGGGGUUUGAAGAAAAGGCUUACAAAGUAGAUGCGGCAAUGAAAUCAAAUGGCAAACAUGCGGAAACCAGAGACCCAUCCAAAAAGGUCUUCAGCGAAAGGGAGUCCCUAUUAACCGAACUGAAGAAGGAUAAACACUUUCAGUACGUGUUUAACUCAUGUCCCGGGAUCUUUUGCUUUUCUAUGUUGUAUUCCGCUUUCAACGACUACGAACGCGAUGGAUGGGCUUACUUUGGGAGCCGACUGGUACUGGCUGCAUUCGCCCGGUUUCAUGUGGCUCUUUUCAUCUGGAUGGGCAUGUUUCUGAGCUGUCUUGGCGUAUAUUUCGUUUUUGUGUGUUGGGCAAGUCUACGGAAGCAAACCCAGCAUAAAAAAUUAAUUGAUGGCAUCUUUGCUUCUCUGUAUCUACUGUACGCGAUAGGACUACAAUGCUGUGUUAUUAAGAUGAACUUCACGUACGGCUUGGGCGGGGCAUCCUCCAUUGCUUUAACUAUGGAAAUGAUUAGAAUUUUAAUGAAAUCGUACUCGUUCAUUCGUACGACAGUUCCCACACACUUGGGUGCCGGAGGAAAAGGUACAGAUCUUUCCUUCGCAAGAUACCUCUACUUUUUAUUCGCACCAACGUUGUUAUACAGAGACGUCUACCCAAGAUCUAAACGCAUACGGUGGGGUUUCAUUGUAACCUGCUUAGUGGAAAUGGUCAUGAUUAUACUUUUUGCAAGCAUACUUCUUGAAAAUACUUACAUACAUCACUUUAGGGAUUAUGGACUAAAGAAAUUUACUUUUUCCCGUAUUUGCGCUAUAUCAUUGCAAUAUUUUGUCGUUGGCCAUAUUACACUGAUUUUGAUUUGCUAUUUUUGGAUGCAUAACUAUAUGAAUAUCACUGCCGAGCUUCUUCGGUUUUCGGAUCGAAAAUUUUAUGAGGACUGGUGGACAGCGAGCUCUGCAGACGAAUUUCUCAGGAAGUGGAACAUUGUGGUUUACGAAUGGUUACACCUUUUCAUCUACAAGGAUUGUUACGAACAUCUGGCACCAGGCAGAAGGGAACUUUCCAGAUUUGUGACGCUAUUGCUGGCAGGAUUCUAUCACGAUCUCGUCAUCUGCGUCUCGUUUAGGUUAUUUUUGCCUAUGUUUACGCUGGCGUAUGUCAACUUAAUUUUAAUUCGCAACUUAAAAAGUGGGAGGAUAUUUGCGACUUUCUCUGCUAAUGAAGUGAUUUUGUUCCUUACCAUUUACACGAUCGAAUAUUACGCGAGGGAAAACUGUCCCAGUGCAUCUCAGAGUGUUUUAGAUGUCCUGAAACCACGGUUUCUUUACUGUUAAAUAUAAAAGUUUAAAGAAAGUGUAAGAAAACUAAAACCUAAAAGUUCGUAAAUUAGUCAGGUAAACUAGCUCUGAUCUGUCACCGGUAAAAAGCAUCAUUAAAUAGUUUGUCUAAUGAUUACAGCGCAUUAUUGAGUCUAGAACAUAAAAGAUGUUAAUAAAAACUAGUAGCUAUUGAAUUAUUUUCCUUUUAAAACUGUGGUAGGGUAGUUGAUUUGUGUUGUGAUCAAAUAGAAGAAGACCGACGAAAGCUCUGAAAGCUUUGAAACGGUUGAAAGAGUGAAAUCCUUAUGCUUUGAAGUAAUUGAAGGUAUUUUGAACUGUUGAAAGCUGCAAUAAACGCUAAGAAAUGCUCUCUAACCCUCUAAAAACCCCUACAGAUCUUAACCUUUUUUAUCUGUCUACCAUCCGCCGGUCAGCCGGUGACUAGCAUCGACCGACCGCUUUAUAUAAUUGAAAGGGGAAGGGCAACCUUUCGCAUCUUGCAUAGACCGCAUCUUUGUUAUCAACCGCCGAUUAACUUCGAACGCCUUUUUUCUAUCAAUCGGUGAUUAAUAAGUGCAAUAAAAAUGUAGUAAGAAAUCUUCAGAAGUAUAUAUUAUACUUUGUUAGUAUUUCAAGAUCGAAUAUUGCUAGUCAUCUGUAAAUAAUGUACAUAUGAAUUAUGUAAGAUAGAUAAAUAGAUACUUUAUUUCCACGUUCGC